AAGGGAAGCAACUGUGUUUCAGAAAAGUGAUUAACAACAAAUAUUGUACACAUUUUUAUUGUUUCAUGCACGUAUCUAACGAAUAAUUAAUCAUGGGGCAUUGCAUGUCUUGCUGUGAGGAUAGUGAAGUUAAUCAACCGUCGCCUGAAACAAGACGUAGGGAAUUGGCAGCAGCUGCAGAAAGACGGCAGAAGGAAAAUGAAGGCAGGGGCGUGAAAGACCCGGAGGCAGUGAAAAGAAAACAGAAGAAGAAGGAAGAAAUGGAUAAAAUGCCCAACAGACCGCAAGGGGAUUCAAACCUGAAGUGGCAAGUGUCGUAGUUGUCAUGGUUACAAGAGUCGUCCAUCACUACAGUUGUCAUUUUAACAGUUGUUAGAAGAAGAAUUAUUAGAAGAAGGCUAUUGUCAGUUCUUAUAUAUCGGUAUCAGUAUAAGUUAACAAAUAGUUGUCAUAUAUGUAGCAAUGCUUAAAAGGCUGCUAUGAACAUAUUUUAUUUAUUUCUAUGAAUAAAUGAAAACAUUUGAAUGUUGUAAAUUUUUUACAAAUUUAAUACAUAUAUUUAUAUUUACAUACUAGUAAAUUGGAUACAUAUAUUCAUAAUUAUAUCAUUAAGAUACUAACAAAUUUAAUAUAGACAUAUAUAUUUUUAAUUAUAUCAUUUAUAAUUAACAUACUUAUUACAUUUUAAAGAAGUCAUUUUUGUCAGAUACAUGUUUUUACAGUUUUAAAUAGAUGUUGUUGAAAUAGUGCAAUGAACUCCUUAUGAAAAACUUCUAAAAUUUCUUUAAAUUAUGUAAUUCCUUUAAAGGGACGUAUAUAUGGUAUUUUUCCUAAAUAUUGAUGUAUAUAACUAUAUUGAACUAUUAACAAUGAAUUGUUUUCUUUAUUGUUAAGAAAAAAUAUACUGUUGCAAUUAAGGUUUGUCCAAUACACGUCUCAAGUCUUAGGCAAACUCACUGCUAAAAAAUAGUUGUAUGUGAGUGAGAAUUCUACAGUCAUCGAUAGUGUUCAUGCCUGUAGUGUUACUUGGGGUACAUUUCAUUCAUAACAAUGUUUCUACUAAGUGUCAUCCUUUGCACAUGAAGUAACCCUUGAAAAAAUUAAUUACAGGACUAUAAAUAUUUAUUCUGAUUGUUUGAUAAAAUCAGACCAACUCAUAAAGCAACCAUUUGAUAAAUACUGAAUAAAAGAUUCUGUCGUUUUAUUUAAAUAUGAUAAUACCAAUAUCCUUCAGUUUGCUCCUCUAAAACCGGAGUAUAAAAUGGUCCAUAUCGCAGUCAUAUACAUUAGUUAUUGAAAUACUUUGAAAUGUGAUUAAUAUUUAAUUAUAUAUUAUGAUAACAUAUAUAAAUUAAGAAAUUUGUUGGCUUUGAAUUGAAAUUAUAAAUCAUCUUAAGCAUUCGUUUUAUUGUGUUGAGAUUGCGUGUCAAGUAAAAUAUUUAUAUUUGCUUGAGUUGCAAACAAAAUAUGUUAAAGAAAGAUGUUAAAGUUAAAUUUUCAUGGAUUGUAUGCACUAUUUUAGAAAUUAUGAAAAGUAGUUAUAUAAAAAGUUUGGAUAAUUAGAACUAUAGAAAAGUAGUGUUGUGUAUUAAUUGUUAUACUUUUUUGAUUGUUAGCAAGUUAUUCCGUUUUUAUAUUGUGUUUUUUUACGACCCACAUACAUAGUUUUAAUCAUAUAUUAAAUAUUUAUACUAUAUUAACAAUGAUAUUACAUAUUUAUAAUCCCACUAAACAAAGUUUAGGGGGGUAUAUAGGAGUGAGCUUGUCUGUCGGUCGGUCGGUCGGUCGGUCUGUCGGUCGGUCGGUGUCCGCUCUCUAAUUCAAGUAGUUUUCAUAGAUCUUCACCAAACUUGGUCAGAAGUUGUAUCUAGAUGAUGUCUAGGCCAAGUUCGAACAUGGGCCAUGCAGGGUCAAAAACCAGGUCACAGGGUCACUUAGUGUGUUUUAAAUAUUGUGCAUGGUGUCCACUCUCUAAUUCAAGUAGUUUUCAUCAGAGAUUCACCAAACUUGGUCAGAAGUUGUAUCUAGAUGAUGUCUAGGCCAAGUUCGAACAUGGGUCAUGGCAGGUCAAAAACUAGGUCACUGGGUCACUUAGUAUGUUUUACACAUUCAGCAUGGUGUCUGCUCUCUAAUUCAAGUAGUUUUCAUCCGAUCUUCACCACACUUGGUUAGAAGUUGUAUCUAGAUAAUGUGUAGGUCAAGUUCGAACAUGGGCCAUGCAGGGUCAAAAACCAGGCCACGGGGUCACUUAGUGCGUUUUUAACAUUGAGCAUGGUGUCCGCUGUUUUUUGUGAAGACAACAUGCAAAAUAUUCUGUGUCAAUGCGGCAUGUGGGGGUAUUCGUCACGCCUGUGACAAAGCUCAAGUUAUUAUUGUUUAGAGUAAAGUUUCAGCAUGUGUGUGUUAAAGAUGUGAUCCCACUAUAAGUCAAAGAACAAUUAUGGACAAAUAUGGUACCACAAAAUGUUUUAAUUAUGCACGUGUGUUUUAUAACUUUAAUUUCUUUUGUAUUGUUUUUUAUUCUGAAUGCUCUGUUAACGGACUUUGUAAGCUAUUUCUUUAUUAAUAGCUUUCUAUUUUAAUCUCACCUGAGCACGAAGUGUUAUGCAGAUUAUUGGUAUAUGGGGAUCCCUCCUGGGCUACAACAAUUUACUCUGAAUGCUAUUAUGACUUAAUCUAUGAAUUAUUUUGAAUGGGUUUCGAUGAGAAUAUCCUCCCAAUUGGGAUUCAAACUAGGUUCAUGAAAUACCUUUAAAUCAAUUAAAAUGUGUUUACCUUCACUAAUUGAAAAUAUGCGAAUAUAAACCAAUUUCCACCAUAGAAAAGUCAUUUAACAGUCAAUUGUUACCAACCUUUCACAUUUUUAGCUGGUCAUGCAAUUACAGAAGUAAAAACAAACGAUUUGCCAUAUGAAACCACAAGUUCAAACCACAGAAUGAUAAUUUCCCUUUACUCAAAAUUCAUGUUAAAAUAAUAAAUGUCUUUAUGCAUGCUAGGGACAUUAUUUUGCCACCAAUCUGCACCAAACUUACUAAAAGAUUAUGUGAACAAGAAAAAAGCACCUAGACUUCUUCCCAACCACAGCAACCCUGCUGUACUAGAUGGCUUAUCUGCUUGUCAAUGAUUGUGCAAUAUUCUUGAUUAAUUAGCUAUGAACAAAGUAAUUUUGAUAAAAACAUGGAAGGACAUUAGAAUGUCUACACUGUCUUUUACAGACCUGUUUACACAUACACCUGUAUGUUUUCAUCACAGACUCUAGAUGAGAUAUACGCUCCGUGGUUUUCAUGUAUUGUCUUGAGUUGUUUUGUUUUUAACAUGAUUGUAUACUCUCUGUAUAAGAUUCUGAUACAAAAAGGUACUGGGUACUGCAGUAGAGGUGAAGGGAGUAAUAUUAAAAGUCAUGAUAUUUCAUGCUGUAUUCAUACAUAUACUAGCUUGAUGUAACAAAGAUUUUCUAUUGGACAUUUAAAGUAAAAUAUAUGGGUAUUUUAUUAUUAUUUUGCUUUAACCAGUAUUAUUGUAAUUAUUAUUUUUUAAAUAUUAUUAUAUGUUUAAAAAUAUUUAUUUAAUUGUACUUUCAUAAUAUAAAAAAUAAGUGCGCUUAAAUCUGCAUCACUGAUGUGUGACGAUUUUUUAGCAUACCCGGGUAUUUCACACAUAAAAUGUUUGUCAAAAAAUUGUUGUUGAGUUGACUAUUAAAUUGUUAAAAGACGAUAAUGUUAUGUAUACAAUUUUGAUUAAGCAUGCUCUUUUAUGUAUUUAUUCCUCUGUUUUGUAACACAUAUUAAUAUUGUAUUUUAUUGGAGAAGUUUAAUAAAUUGAUAAAGGAUGA